GAUCCUAUAUCCUAAAUAAAGUUUUUUCUUUUUUCAACUUUGGAGCUCUUCUUCAAUGGAUUCUUUGCCCAGAUCUUUCAAUCCCAACAAGCACCUCAGAGAACAAUUCGUGAGCAAUUUGCCUGGAUCUUCCAUGCUUCAAGUCUCCGCCCUGUUGAACAAUGUUGCUCUUCUAAUGCUUUUGCGGUACACUUUCUGCUCUAAAGCAGUCAACGAUGCUAGUAGGAGUUUAAAGUCUUACCUAGCCUCAUUAGCUUUGGAAUAUGUCUUCAUUGUACUACCCACGCUUUUAGUUUUCACUGUUCUAGCAGAGUGGUUAUAUGAAUGCACGAUUGGGUUAUUCUUAUUGACGAUCUUCUGUACUGCAGUCAAAAGAACUUACUGUUUGCCUUACACGGAAGGACCUAAUGCAGCUAGAGCAAGCAUAUCAUCUUAUAGGGUUGUUACGAUGUUUAUCACAUGCUUGUGUAUAUUGGCUGUUGAUUUCAGAAUAUAUCCUAGAGAAUUUGCUAAGACAGAGACUUACGGGACUGGCUUGAUGGACCUUGGAGUUGGCUCCUUUGUGCUAAUGAAUGCAGUUACUUCGCGGCAAGCACGAAACAUCUCAUCACCUAUGAGUCGGUGGAAGGAAGCUUUUAGAUCUACAAUUCCUCUACUAUUGUUAGGGUUUGUUAGACUUGUUUCUACAUUGAGUCUCGACUAUCAGGUACAUGUGGGGGAAUACGGUGUGAACUGGAAUUUCUUUUUCACACUCGCUGGUGUAUCUAUUCUCACAUCUAUUUUAAAUGUUCCUGCAAAAUAUUCUGGAAUUCUCGGUUCAGCAAUUUUAGUUGGGUACCAAAGUUGGUUGAAUAAUGGGCUAAAUGUUUAUCUUCUUUCUAAUGAAAGGGGUAAGGAUAUCAUAAGCAGAAACAAGGAGGGGAUUUUUAGCUUAUUUGGAUACUGGGGUAUGUAUCUUAUUGGUGUUCAGGUGAGUUACUACCUCUUCUUUGAAAACCGCCCAACCAAGCAGAGAAGCAAGCAUGAAACUCGAUUCAGAGUCUGCCUUCUUACUAUUGUGUUUUGGAUUCUAACAUUGCUUAUAGACAGGCAUGUUGAAAGAAUUUCACGUAGAAUGUGCAACCUGGCUUAUGUAACUUGGGUGGUGGCUCAAAAUCUACAGCUAUUAGCAAUACGACUUCUCGCCGAUAACAUCGUUGGGAGCAAAGUUUUAGCUCUCGAAAGAGCAUUCGACCGCAAUUUAUUGGCAUCUUUUCUUGUGGCAAAUCUGCUGACGGGGCUGGUAAACUUAUCUGUGGAUACCAUAUUUGUGUCAUCAUCAUCGGCUGUUUUGAUCCUGGUUUCCUAUUCUUUAACUUGGUGUGUUGUCAUGGCGCUCCUAGAUUUUUCUGGCAUUAAGUAUAAAUUCUGGUAGGCCCAUCUCAUGCUAUGAAAAGCAUUUGUGUUUUGAACUAUAAUAGCCCUGAUAUGUCUCUAUGAACAGGGUAACAUUCUGAUCUCUA